UAUGUGUAUUUAUAGACAUCCAUUCAACUAUUAUCCCACUAUUUCAAUGUUGCAAGACAGAAUAACAAAAGAUAUGAGCAGCUCUUCAGCAUCAAGAUACUUGGCUAAGAUUUAUGUUUUCUGGCUAAUACUCACUUCUUGUAACAACAGUAUCAAUGCGCAGCUUACGCCCACUUUCUACGCUAAAACUUGCCCAAAUUUGCAAAAUAUUGUACGUGGAACAAUGUCUAAAGCCGUUGCUAAGGAACCGCGAAUGGGUGCUUCAAUUCUUCGCUUGUUUUUCCAUGAUUGCUUUGUAAAUGGAUGUGAUGCAUCGAUACUGCUAAAUGACACACCUAGUUUCAAAGGCGAAAAAACUGCCUUUGCAAAUCAAAAUUCGUUGAGGGGUUUUAAAUUGAUUGACACAAUUAAAAGGAAUGUGGAAGGUGUUUGCAAGGGAAAGGUGUCUUGUGCUGAUAUUCUUGCACUUGCUGCACGGGAUUCGGUCUCCUUGUUGGGAGGUCCCACAUGGACGGUACCACUAGGAAGAAAAGACGCAAGAAUAGCAAGCUUAAGUGCAGCAAAUGCCAACCUCCCACCACCAACAGCCAACCUCACCACCCUCAUCUCACUCUUUGCCACUAAAAACCUAACCGCCCGAGACAUGACCGCCCUAAGCGGGGCCCACACAAUCGGCAUGGCACGUUGCACGACGUUUCGGUUCCGUAUCUACAAUGAGCCUAACAAUAUCAAUGCCAAUUUUGCCACAACCAAGAUGUCAAAUUGUCCAUCCUUAGGUGGGGACAACAACUUAGCCCCUCUUGAUAUGAGCACCCCUAAUCACUUUGAUAAUGGCUAUUUCAAGAACCUUAUGAGUAAGCAAGGCCUCCUUCAUUCUGACCAAGUGUUAUUCAAUGGUGGGUCCCAAGAUCCUUGGGUUAGGCUUUAUGGGAGGAGUAACUAUGUCUUUGCCAAAGACUUUGUGAAUGCUAUGCUCAAAAUGGGAAAUAUUAGCCCACUUUUUGGGUCUUUGGGUGAGAUUAGGAGACAUUGUAGGUUUGUUAAUUAAUUAAUAGAUUUAAGUCAAUUAUGUUCUCCGUUGCUUUGAAUUUGCUACUAUAUUUAUAUACAAAGCAAUUAUAUAUGCAUUAGCAAAUUUAAAUGGACGGAGAAGUAUUCACAUAUAGCUCAUGCGAUGAUAUUGUGCAUAAUAACUUUGAUUCACUUUUUUAUUUAUUUUUUUAAAAUUUAUGGAGAGGAUAUGUUUUAUAUCAUUUUGGUUUUUAGAAUGGACGAUACUUUCUGUUGGAAGGUUAAUUGUUCAUUAUUUGUUUACUUUUAUGUACGCGACCUUAUUGAUUAUAUGAAUAAAUGUAAAUGAUUU